AUGUCACCAACAACAACCACCACCGCCCUCCUCCACCGCGCAGACGGCUCCUCGACAUGGUCCCACGGCCCCACAAAACUCCUCUGUUCCGUGAACGGUCCGAUGGAGGUCAGGUUACGCGACGAGCAAGUCGAUAAAGCGACGAUUGAGGUUAUCGUACGGCCGGCGGUUGGUGCACCAGGAACACACGAGAAAUCACUCGAACGGAAACUCCUGUCUGCGAUUUCGCCGAUAAUCCGUGCGCAGCUGCAUCCACGAACCCAUAUCCAAAUCACCAUCCAAAUCAUCUCAGCACCCCCAUCACCAGAUGGAAGUGUACACGUUUUGGCGGCGGGGAUUAAUGCAGCUUGUAUGGCCCUGAUGGACGCAGGCAUACCCAUGUCAUCCACAAUCUCCGCCGUCGCGAUCGGCGUAGACGAACAAACAGGUGCGAUCUCGAGAAUAGAGGACGUAAACAGCGCACGAUCAACCCACGUCAUCUGCUACGAAAAUGUCCACAAACAGUUGGUGCUGUGUGAGAGUCUUGGUGAUUUUUCCGAUGAGGAGUUUUUUGGGUGUUUGGAGGCUGCGAGGGAGGGGUGUGAGGAGGUUUAUGAGCGCAUGAGGGAGGGGAUUAGGGAGAAGGUUGAGAGGAAUGAGGUGUGGAAACAAGCAUAGGGGCAGAGGUGGGACUUUGAGGAAGCACAGGAGGGAAGAGUCACGGAAGAAUUGCAGGCAAUGGUUGGAUAGUGAUACCAUCUGCCAACGUGGGAAAGCAGAUCAAGUCUCCACGAGAAGCAGACGACACGCCUCAAUUAAAUCAGUAUAACAGAUAUAAAAGGUAUACAUAAACACACACAAACAACCCCCUCCCCGAAAUCGCUCACUUGACCCUCUUCCUCAUCGUCGGCAUCCCAAACGGCGCAUCCUUCAACCUGCCCGAAACAAUCCUUCCCCUCUCCGCAUUCCUCUCCCUCAACUCCUUCAACCGAGCAGCGACGUCAUACCCGAUUCCCUCGCCAGCGACUUCCCUAACUCCAUCCAUAUGUUUGCUGAUCUUGUUCUUGCCGGUGCGGAGGGUGUUGUGGAGGUUGGCGUAGUCGGACUGACGCGCGCUGUCCAUGACGGUCGUGA